AUGGCAGAAAAAUCAGAGAAAACGGUGUUGCAAAAACUAAUGGCUGUCAACUCAAAGCCAACAGCAGAAACCUUCCCAGAAUUGCCUGAUGCGCUUGUCUGGCUUCGCGCUGGUCUGGCUGUUGCGUAUGCUUGCUGGCUUGGAAUGAGUACGAUGGCGACGGAAGGAGCUGGACUGUUGAUGGGUAUCAACUUGAUUACCUUUGUCCCCUUCAUUUUCUGCAGUACAUACCUGGGAGCAAAUACUGAUUCAUUCGGAAACCAAAUUCUUACGGCGGGGACUUUCAAUGCGCUGGCUCUAUUAUUAUUGAUUUGGAUUUGGUUUUUCACAGCCAAUCACGAAAGCGAAGAAAAUGCGAUCAUAGCUGCACUGAAGGCGACAGCGCCCAUCGUUGCUGAAGAAAUAUUUGAACCAGAGGCUGCAAGUGAAGCCCAAGUAGAAUUUUAG